CUGAAAUAUUAUAAAUGUUUCUUUGUUUAAUGUGUCAUUGUAAUGUUAAAUGUGCCAGAUGAGAUGAGCCAAAACAAAAAUAACCAUUACCUACACUACACGAAGAGGUAAGCCAAAACAAAAUAACCAUUACCUACAUGGAAAUGCAGCCUACAUGAACACAUAUUGAGUAAUUGCCACCAAAACAGCCAAUCGAACAUGACCCAGUUUCUCACACUGUGGCCACAUAAGCCUCACGGUUCCAGGACCCAUACGGAACACUGUCCCCCAAGUAAUUCCAAAGUGCACGGUUUGUCUAAAGUCCGUCCGUCUGUGCAUACAUAGGCAACAUAUUACACAUUCAGAACAUAACCGACUGCUGAAUAAACCAAGAUGGGGAUUUUCUCUGGAACAUUUAUGCUGGAGAUAAUAUGUCUGUCCCUUUUGAUCUUCUUCCUUGCCUGCAUCACAUACCAUCCGCUGAAGAAAUAUAUACAGGACUGGAACACGCUGAGGCCAGUCCCUGGAGCGGAAGGAGCUUACCCAAUCAUUGGGAAUGCCCUCCAGUUCAGCAGCAAUGCAGGCGAUUUCUUUAAUCAGAUUAUUGAAGGCACUACGGAGUACAGGCAUUUUCCACUGGUGAAAGUUUGGAUUGGACCCCUGCCAUUGCUGGUCUUAUUUCAUGCAGAAACGGUUGAGGGGGUUCUGCACAGUUCCAAACACAUAGACAAGGCCUUCUUCUAUAAGUUCAUGCAUCCUUGGCUGGGCACUGGCCUGCUCACCAGCACAGGGGAUAAGUGGCGUGGCAGGAGGAAGAUGUUGACCCCAACUUUCCAUUUCUCCAUCCUGGCUGAGUUCCUGGAGGUGAUGAAUGAGCAGACUGAGGUUUUGAUACAGAAACUGGAAAAACAGGCAGGAGGAGAUCCCUUCAACUGUUUUAACUACAUCACACUCUGUGCUCUGGACAUUAUUUGUGAAACAGCAAUGGGUAAAAAGAUCUACGCACAAAGUAAUAGUGACUCUGAAUAUGUCCGCAGUGUGUACAAAAUGAGUGACAUCAUCGUGCGUCGCCAGAGAGCUCCCUGGUAUUGGCCGGACUUCAUUUACAAUCUGUUAGGGGAGGGUAAAGAGCAUGACAGUAGACUGAGGAUCCUCCAUUCAUUCACUCAGAGUGUGAUCAAGGAGAGAGCAGAGAACUUGGAAAAUACAGGUUCUGACAAUGAAACUGACCAUGUUUUCAAAAGAAGACUGGCCUUCCUGGACAUGCUGUUGCAAGCCACUGAUGAGGAAGGAAAUUACUUGAGCCAUAGAGAUAUCCAAGAGGAGGUGGAUACCUUUAUGUUUGAGGGCCAUGAUACCACAGCAGCCUCUAUGAACUGGGCCAUUCACCUCCUGGGCUCCUAUCCUGAAGUCCAGACCAAGGUCCAGCAGGAGCUCGAGGAGGUGUUUGGAUCCACCGACCGCUCCGCCACAGUCGACGACCUCAAGAGGUUACGCUACCUGGAAUGCGUGAUUAAGGAGACCCUUCGGCUCUUCCCCUCCGUGCCCCUGUUUGCACGCACCGUCGGCGACGACUGUAGAAUCAAUGACUUUAACAUCCCAAAAGGAGUGGAUGCCGUGAUCAUCCCCUACGCCCUGCACCGCGAUCCACGAUACUUCCCGGAUCCCGAGGAGUUCCGGCCAGAGCGCUUCCUGCCAGAGAACAGCACCGGACGACACCCCUACGCUUACAUCCCGUUCUCCGCGGGACCCAGGAACUGCAUCGGCCAGCGGUUUGCCAUGAUGGAGGAGAAGGUGGUGCUGUCGUCUGUGUUGCGUCACUUUUCUGUUCAGGCUUGCCAGAACCGAGAGGAUUUGAGACCUGUGGGAGACCUCAUACUCCGACCAGAGAAGGGCAUCUGGAUCACUCUAGAGAAAAGACAGCACUAGAGAAGAGCCAACAUUAAAGGGACAGCCCUAGAAAA